AUGGCGCCAACACAAUCAAAGCCGGUCCGCGCGGGCAGCAGCGCCGCCCUCCGCGACCGCACCAUUCGGGGCAUCAUCUCGCAGCUGACGUCUAUGUACCUGCAAAACCGCACACGAAUCUCACGCGCCAUCUACAUAACACUGUUUGUGGCCCUCAUCAACCGCGUGCGCCAUGCCAUCGCCGAGCAAAAGGCUGCCUCGGCCCGCGAGGCCGCCAAGCGCCGCGAGAAGAUCGGCACAACGUCGACCGAAGGCGCCGAGGCCGUGCUGAAGAAGAAAAAGGUUGAGCUGAACCGCGAGUUCUUCCGCUCGCUGCUGAGGCUGCUACGCAUUGUUGUGCCGGGGUGGCGGAGCAAGGAGACGCGGUUGCUCAUCAGCCACAGCUUCUUCCUGGUGGUACGGACGCUGAUCAGCCUGAAAGUGGCCGCCAUGGACGGUGCCAUCGUGAAGGCCCUGGUCAAGGGGAACGGGCGCGAGUUCUUGAUGCGCAUUGUGUGGUGGAUGCUGAUUGCCGUGCCGGCUACCUUCACCAACUCCAUGCUGUCGUAUCACCAAGCCGAACUCUCGUUGAGGUAUCGGACACGCUUAACACAGUACAUACAUGACAAGUACCUGUCACAGUUGACCUUCUACGGCAUCUCGGCUCUAGACGAUAGGAUCAAGAAUCCCGACCAACUGAUUGCAGUAGACGUAGCCAAGUUCUCAAAUAGCUUGGCCGAGCUAUACAGCAACCUGGCAAAACCCUUGCUUGACAUGACCAUCUACACAAUUUCCCUCUCAAAAAGCGUUGGAGGGGAAGGGGUUGUCUUCAUGUCGCUUCUCGUCCAGCUCUCUGCGAACGUGAUGCGAGCACUAACGCCACCCUUUGGCAAAUAUGUGGCCGACGAGGCAAGGUUAGAAGGCGAGUUCCGCUUCCAGCACUCCAGGUUGAUAGACCACAGCGAAGAGGUGGCCCUGUACGCAGGCCACGAGGCCGAAAAGGACACGCUGGAUAAGGGCUACUUCACUCUGAUCAAGCACGUCAACUACAUCCUCCGGAGGCGCUUCUAUCACGGCUUCAUGGAGGACUUCGUUAUCAAGUACUUUUGGGGCGCGCUGGGUUUGAUACUCUGCAGUUUCCCGGUCUUUGUCAAGCUGCCUGGCCAGGUGGCAAUGAACAUGGGUGAUCGGACCGAGAGCUUCGUCACCAAUCGGAGAAUGCUUCUCUCUGCGUCGGACGCGUUUGGCCGCAUCAUGUUCUCAUACAGGGAGAUCAUGGAGCUUGCCGGGUACACAUCUCGGGUGUCGUCGCUCCUGGAGGUUAUGGACGAUGUCCAGGCGGGACACUUUGAGAAGAAGCUCGUUUCGAGCUCGGGUACGGAGACCAACGAAGCCGUGCUACGAGGCAGAGGCAAGGUAGUGGAGAGCCAGGACAUUAAGUUCAUCGAUGUUCCCAUCAUCUCCCCCAACGGUGAUGUCCUCGUCCCCGCCCUCUCCUUCUCCCUCAAGCAAGGCGACCACCUUCUGGUCGUCGGCCCCAACGGGUGCGGCAAGUCGUCCCUCUUCCGCAUCCUCGGCGGCCUGUGGCCCGUGUACGGCGGCACCGUGCACAAACCCCCCUUCUCAGACAUCUUCUACAUCCCGCAGCGGCCGUACCUGUCGCGGGGCUCGCUCCGGCAGCAGAUCAUCUACCCGGACGGGCUGCGGACGAUGCGGGCCAAGGGCGUGUCCGACGCCGACCUGCUCUCCAUGCUGCGCACCCUGGGACUGGAGCACCUCGUCGACACGUACCCGGAGGGCUGGGACGCCGAGGCCGAGUGGCGCGACGUGCUCUCGGGCGGGCUCCAGCAGCGCGUCGCCAUGGCCCGUCUGUUUUACCACCGGCCCCGCUACGCCAUCCUCGACGAGUGCACCAGCAGCGUCACGCUCGACACGGAAAAGGUCAUGUACGACACGGCCAAGAGCCUGGGCAUCUCCCUCAUGACGGUCAGCCACCGCCGCAGUCUGUGGAAGUACCACACGCACAUCCUGCAGUUUGAUGGACAGGGUCAUUACGUGUUUACUCGGCUCGAUGCGGAGAGGAGGUUGAAGCUGGAGGAUGAGAAGGAGGAUCUGGAGGUGCUCCUCAGGCAAGUGCCUGAGAUUGAGAGGCGGAUUCAGGAGUUGAGCGCUGUUUGA